AUGAAGGUCACUUUCAAGGACCUCAAGCAGCAAAAGUUCGUCAUCGAAGUCGAGCCGACCGAUCUGGUCUCGGCUGUCAAGCAAAAGAUCUCGGAGGAGCGAGGGUGGGACCCCAAGCUCCAGAAGCUGAUCUACUCGGCCCAAGCCAACCCCGGUCGCCGCAGCCCCCGCAGGCGAGUCCUCCAAGUCGGCGGCACCACCGGCGACGCCCGCGGCCCAGGCUCCGGCCGCCACCCCCGCGGCUCCCGCUCAGGCCCCCGCCCCUCCGGACCUGCUGUCCCGGCAACCCCGACGCCGCCGCAGCGCGAACAGCCCGGCCAGUACAAUGACCCGAACAUGCUGAGUACCGGUGCCGCACGCGAUGAGGCCAUUGCCAACAUGGAGGCCAUGGGCUUCGAGCGCUCCCAGAUCGAUGCUGCCAUGCGUGCCGCUUUUUUCAACCCCGACCGUGCCGUCGAGUAUCUCUUGAAUGGCAUCCCCGACAACCUUCGCCAGAACCCUCAGCCUCCUCGCCAAUCAGCGCCCCAGGCCGGCACCCCUUCGGCCAGUGCUGCCGCAGCGGCCCCAUCUGGCGACGACGGCGGCGACCCGGUCAACCUUUUCGACCUUGCAGCGCAGCAGGGCCGUGGUAGCGGUGGUGGCGGUGGUGGCGCCUCGCGCGGGGCGACUGCUGGUACUGGUGCCGGUGCCGCGGCGGCUGCUGCUGCUGCAGCUGCGGCGGCUGGCGCGGGCGCGGGAGCGGCUGGACAGGCAUUUGGGAACCUCGACUUCCUGCGCAACAAUGCGCAGUUCCAACAGCUCCGACAAGUCGUCCAGCAGCAACCGCAAAUGCUGGAGCCGAUCCUGCAGCAGCUCGGCGCCGGCAACCCGCAGCUGGCGCAGCUCAUCGCCGCCAACCCCGAGCAGUUCCUCGGUCUCUUGGGCGAGGACGCUGAUGAUGACGUGCCGCUGCCCCCUGGCGCGCAGGCCAUCUCGGUCACCGAGGAGGAGCGCGACGCCAUUGAGCGACUAUGCCGCCUGGGUUUCGACCGGGAUCAGGCCAUCCAGGCGUACUUUGCAUGUGACAAGAACGAGGAGCUGGCAGCCAACUUCCUCUUUGACCAGCCGGACGACGAUGAACUUGACCCGCAAUAA